AUGACCAUGUCCCUGAAGGGGCAGGACAGGACCGAAGCUACUACGGUGGCGAAUCAUCACGGAGGCGCUGGUAGCCAGCCUGUAGUCAGUCCCAAGUACUGUCCUGGGGUAAACAACAAUCCAGGUUACCUCUGUGAAACAGGACACUGCUGCGGAGAGACAGGCUGCUGUACCUACUAUUAUGAACUCUGGUGGUUCUGGCUGCUGUGGACAGUGCUGACCCUUUUCAGCUGUUUCUGUGCUUACCGCCAUCGUCGGUCCAAGCUGAGGAUCCAACAACAGCAGAGACAGAGAGAAAUCAAUCUGAUCGCCUAUAACGGAGCCUGCAACUACCCUUCCUCAAUGCUUGACCUCAGUUUUCUUGCUUCCUUCAAGUUGCCCUCUUACGAGGAGGUGGCAGCACAGCCCAGCACACCUCCUCCAUCUUACAGCUCCCUCUUCUUAUCCCCAUCAUCACCACCACCGCCACCCCUGCCCUCCCUAUUUGGGCCCUGCUGCUCCUGUGAGUCGUGCUCUCUCACCUCCCCCUCCAGCACCUCCUUCUCUGUCCAGGUGACAGACGAGACAUAUGAUAGCAGCCACAUGUCCACACCCAGUGAAGCAGGGGAUGUGAUUCCCAUACAGAGACAGUCCCCUAAUGGCAACCCACUUGAAGCCGUGCCCAUUCAGAGAGAAAAACACGAAGCGGCCUCACCCCAUGGUCUGACUCCCCAGCCCACUCCAUCUCAAUCAAACAUGGCUGUUUUCAUGCAUUGUUACAACAAAGAGGAGCAAAAACGAGAAAAAGAAGAGGAGGAGGAGGAAGAAGAGGAUGACGAGGAGGACCAUUUCCGCCAUCGACGUCUAACGGGUGACUCAGGCAUUGAGGUAUGCCGCUGCCGCGUCAAGAGAGAGGAACAAGAGGAAGAGGAACUGCAGAAAGGGCAUUUUGGUAAUGGAAGGAAAGAAGCUGUGAAGGAUGGGGGGAGGCCAGACAUGCUGCAUGACAGUAUGGACUGUUCCCUCCGAGCAAAGGCCACUGUCCUGUCACCGCUCCUGGAUGACUGCGCUGAGCAACGCUGCCACGUCUCCUCCUCAUCCUCCAAUAUCAUCUCGAAGACAGGAGAGGCCUUCAUCACUGUGGAGUCCUCGUAA